AUGUCCCAAGCUCAGAUCCUGUCCUUCGCAGACCUCACCCAGUUGUUCUCACUCAAUGGUGCAUACUAUAUGGGAUACUCUUUCUUGUUCGGAAUGUCACUAUGGGUGACUUUCUUUGGAGGGAUCAUCGCAUUUAAGGCUUUGCCGAGACAUCAAUUUGGUGCCUUACAACACCGCACGUUUCCUGUGUACUUUAACACCACCAUCACCAUCUCUGCUGGCCUACUUGCGGCCUGGACUUACUCUCACCCUGCUAUCCUCGAUAAUGUCAAGCGCCCCUAUCUCGCUGAUGUCGCCCAAGCCUAUAGUCUUGCCACUGUUCUUCUCACGCAAGCUCUCAACUCCUUUGUCAUCGGUCCCCUUACCAGCAAGACAAUGUUUGCCCGCCACAAAUUGGAAAAGGAUGAGGGCAAGGCGUACAAUGAGCCCGGUGUAUCGGAUGCUAUGAAAGCAUUGAACGCGAAGUUCUCUCAGUUGCACGGCUGGAGCUCUCUAGCAAAUCUCUCAGCUGUCAUUGCUCUCACGUUCCACGGCCUGUGGCUGGGCAAUUUCGGCGUCAAUGUCGUCUAGGUAGUUUGUACCCUCUUCUACUGAAACGCCUGCUCCCUCCCGUCGACAUUCGUUCAAUCCAUGUACUGUACAGAUCGUCGUUGUUUAUUGCUCGUAAUCCUGCAAUACAUCACAAUCAUGUCAUUGAUCGGCAAUUGAUGAUUGCUAUAGUUGAUC